UCUAUAUGCUAUGUCUCUGAUCAGAAUAAUAGUGUAGCACAAGCAAUUGCAGAAAGCGUGGUUACAGGGGCUCGCUCACAAUCGUAUGUUGGGUCUGGGGGUCCUUUGUGGCUGCAGCAACUUAUUCAGCAAGAGGCAGGAAACUAAGCCUCUUUUUCCUCUGUUCUCUGGUGGUCUUAAGCUGUCCCCAUUUUUUAUAGCUCUUUUAUAAGAGUGCUGUGGUACCUACUGGUACUUGUAAUUUUCUCAGUUUGUUUUUUUAUUCCUCUGUCUUUGCAGUAACAUUGUCCUUUUGGACUUUCAAAUUAAUGAAAACUCAGUGUUAAAAAAAAAAAACUUUUAUGGUAUUAAAAGAAGUGACUUUUAAAAAAUUAAUAAAUAAAAGAGGUGACUUCUACAAACAUUUCAAUGGUUAUCUGUAAAUAGUUAACUCCGACAUUUUUAUUUUGGCUAAAAUUUGUAUAUGGUUAUUAAUAAAUUCGUAUGUACUUCCAAAAUGAUCAGAACCAAGCAAGCAGCAGGGUGACAUCCAGCUCUUGGCUCACUGCGAUCCUAUGCAAAAUGUGUUGGUGUGUUAUUCAAGAUUGGUAUCAGUUUUACAUUCCUACAUUUUGAUGUGUUUUGCUUUUGUAUUUGGUGCUGUUUAGUUGCUUUUAUUUUAUCUACCAUUUGUUUUCAUUGUAAAAUCUGUCACAAAUUAAAAUGGUAUAAAAUUUAACAUUCAUACCAAAAAAAAAGUUGUUUGUAGCCUUUAAAGCUCUCUUUUUAGUUUUUACCAAAAUGAUACAAAAACAAUUUUUAAUGUGUUUUACAAAUAUUUUAUAAAAAUAAAAUAAGACUACUUUAUUAUACUGAGAUUGAUCUUGAUUACUACCUUUAGAUCCUAAGAGCAACUUUAAUGGUAAGAUACUCAUUAAGUAUCUUAUUCAUAUAAUAUUAUUAGUUUUUGUAAAAAUUACGUUAAAAACUAUAAAAAUUUUGUUAGCUCCAAUGAUAGAUAUCCAUUGAGUUUCUUAUCAUUAUAAUAAUAAUAUUAUUAUUAUUUUAUUUAAUAUUUAUUAAUAUAAAUUAGUUUAGGAAAAUAUUUUAAAAACAUAUCGUAAACUAAAAUAUGAUAAAACAGUUACAAUAUUUAAAUAACACAAAACAAACAUAAAUUACAUAACAACUUAUAAAAACAAAACCUAUAAAAAUGAUAAAACAAAAUAUCAAACGACAAUCAAAAUUAUAUUUAACUAAGCUUUAAUCUUCACUUGAUAAUGUGCCAAUUUUUUGCCAUAAUUACACAUAAUUAUUUUUAUAUCUCAAAUCUUAGUAAUUUUUUUUUUCAAAAUUUAUAUUCUCUUCGUUCCCAAAAAUAAGAUUCUCUAGAGUAAUCACACUUAUUAAAAAUUUAAUAAAUGUUUAUAAUUUAAUUUAUUUUUUGCUUUAUUAUACACUUUCCAAUAACCGUCCACCAAUAAAAUUUAAUUAAUUUAUAUAUUCUCAAUUAAUAUUUCUCAAAAGUAUAAAAAAAUACCUUAACAAUACAUAAAUCUAUCGUUGUGGAACAAUAAAAAAAUUUUACUUUCAGGAAUGGAUGGAGUUGUUUUUAGUACUAUUAUAUAUAUUAAUUAAAAGCCUAAUAUACUGUUAUUGUAUUAAACUUUAAUCAUUUCAAUUUAAAUUAGUAUUAAUAUAUAAUUUUAACCUAUGAAUAAUGGAUCUUGUUAUAUAUAUAAUUUUAUUUUAAGAUUUAUAUAAAAUUGUAAAAAUACUUUUAAUAUCAUAUAAAGUAAUAAUGGAAGUUUAAAGUAUAGGUGUUUUUAUUUUGUUAAUAGUAAUUUUACCAAAUUACAUGAUGACAUGUGUCACGUUCAUGAGUUUUAAAAAAUUUCUAAGGGAUCAACCUUGAUAGUACCUCGUAGGGUUUCUCAACAAAAUUAAAUAAUUAAGUAAUAUUUAAGAAGAGAGAGAGAGUGUAGAAUUGAUAAACGAUUCUUCCUAAAUGAACUGUCAAAACCAUUUGAGAGACUACUUAGGCAUUUACUUCUCUUUAAUUGGUACACCUGUUAUAAAAUAAUUAAUUAUAAUUAUAGAAUUAAACUAUGAAUAUAAUAAUUUAAAGAAACUAAUGUUAAGAAACUUACUAAUGCAAAUGCUAAGAGCCAUUCUUAACUAUUUUUAGUUAAAAGUUAAUAGACGUUUUUUAUAUUCCGCUAAGAAUCCGACUCUAAGAACCUCUCCAUUAAUCAUGCUCUAAGAGCAGCUGCAACGCUGGUCCUUACAAAAAAAUCCUUAGCAACAAAUUAUUUUUAUAAUAUGUGGGGACCAAAAAAAUUAGGAAUCUGUGUCAUAAUUGUAUCUUGGAGUCCGUAGGUAAGGAUCAAUUCUUUGCUGGGCUUGUCACUGUGCGCGGGUCCCAUGGCCGGGUGGAAACCUGGGAUUGGUCCUUUUUUCCUUUUUUUCUUUUUUUUUUAACUGAAAAAAAAAAAAUAAUAUAAAAGAUUUACCUAGAUUAUGGAGCCAUGAGUAACACGGUUGUGGAUCCCCUAACCCCUCUUCUCUAAGCUUUGAUUCUAGUCCUAUUCAUCUAACUUUUAUGUUUUCAUUUUAUUACAUUUUUUUUUAGGAAACUCAUUUACAUUCUCGUGUUGGAGUUGCUCUAAUAAAGCGGUCUUACCACAACUGGUAAAUUUGUAUUAUAACAUUUAGUUUUAGUAGUUAAUCUAUCCAUUACAAAAUUUAAAGGUUCAAACCAUGAGAAUAUUCGUGGGUUUCGUAAUGAAUCCUUCUACUUUUGUAAAUGUAUGACACUACACAGUACACACAUGAGUCAUGACACAUAUCAAUAAUUGGUCAUACGGAAAUGCCCUAGCAUCAAAAGUUAUUUCGGUUGAAAACUAUCUUACUCAAUAACUCUAAAAUAAAGAUUUUGGUGGUUGGUCCUGAUAAUAUCUUGUCAACAUGUCUCCUUUUUUUAUAUCCUCUUGAAAGUGAUUUCAUGCCAAUGAAAACAAGUUGAUUGUCAAGUUAUAAAAAUAUUAACAUUUUAAUAUAACAAAACUAAGGAGUAAGCAUAUUUAAACCUAACCAAGUUGUUUGAGAUAGUUUUCAUGGCAUUAAAUAAAGGACACAAGGGGUAGUAAAAAGAAAAUAAAGGAGACAAGGUGAAAAAAAAAACAGGCACCAAAGCCCUUAAACGUGCUACGGUGAUGGAUGACGUCAUCCCAACUCAUCAUCGUGACAUCAGCAGAGCUCUGGUGAGCCAAUGGGAGUGUAAAUAACCCGUCUCUUUCCCAUUAUACCCUUGAACCCCUAAAUAAUUCAUAAGCAAGUUUUAUCAUAUUCCUAUUAUACCCUCCACACCAUUUAUAUAUCUCUCUCUUUCUCUAUCGCCUCUCUUUCUUAAUCAUCUUCCUCUGAUUAUUUUUUCAUCUUCAAAGUUCAAAUCAUCAUACCAAAAAAAACCUAAAAGAAAUCACAUAUACAUUAUAUCCUUGUACCAAAAAUAUGGACUCAGAUAGUAACAAUACCAAAUCCAUUAAGAGAAACGUUGUGGACCAACUUGUUGAAGGCUACGAAUCCGCUACUCAGCUUCAGCUUCUCCUCUCUCAUCAACAAUCUAAUCACCACAUCGAUCAGACUCGUAUUGUUUCAGGAGAUCCGGAUCCAGUUAAUGAGCUCAUGGAUAAGAUCUUGGAUUCUUUCCACAAAACCAUAUCGGUUCUUGAUUCUUUUGACCAAGUCGCCAACGUCUCCGUCGUCCUUGAGGGUUCACGGAAUGCUUCAUGCGGCGAUGAUUCAACUCCGGCAAGUUGCAACGGUGGAGAUUCGGGCGAUAGUAGAAAGAGACUUGGAGUUGGUAAAAGUAAAAGAGGAUGCUACACUAGAAAAAAGAGAUCACAUACUUGGACUAUGGAAGCUAGAAGAAUUAAUGAAGAUAUAUAUGCUUGGAGGAAAUAUGGACAAAAGCAGAUUCUUAACUCCAAGUUCCCAAGAAGUUAUUUUAGAUGCACACACAAGCCAACACAAGGAUGCAAUGCAACAAAGCAAGUUCAGAAACAUGAGCAAGACCCUUCUUUGUUUCAAAUCACUUACAUUGGCCACCAUACAUGUAACGUUAGUGAUGAAACACAAGCAAAGACCGAGCCUCUUGAUCUCGAAAUAGUCAUGGAUUCGGACAAUAAUAAAUUGGCAGCAACCAUUUCUCAGGACCAUGUGGAUCCAUAUAUACAAGAGCAAGGGAACGACAUCAGUAGCCUGAUCGGAGUAGGCGCAAGCAUGGUGAAGGAGGAGGAUUAUAACAAUGGUGAUCAGAAUAAAGACUAUUGUGAGGGUUCUUCCACAUAUAGUGAUUUGUCAUUGGUUUGGCCAGACGUGAUGAUGUCUGAUGAUCGUCAACAUCAUCAGAAUCACUUCUAUCACGGUGAAGCUAGUACUACUACUUCUUAUCAAUUCUCUUUCAUUGACAACGAUCAAUUCUCCUCCUUGUUUGAUUCCUACUGCCCUUACGAAGGAACAAGUGCUAUAUGAACAUCCGAAUCCUGAUUCAUAUAUUGUAGUUAGGUUAUAAUAUUUUCUCUUCCUCUCUCUUUGAAUAUGUUUAGUGGAAUGUAAUAUUUUUGAUGUAUGUUUGUUAUAAUUCUGUUUCGACAUUUCUAUUGUUUCAUUUUCUAUGUUAUAGUAAGUCUGAUUCUUGACUAAGUAAUUUUUUUCUUUCUCA